AUGGCGCAACGAUUCGGCGCUUCGUCGCUUCACCAGCGUGAUUCGCGCAGCGCUCUCUUCGAAGGAUACACUGGCGACGCAGCCUCACGACGACCCGUCAGCGCAAGCCCAAGUCGAGGAUAUGGCUAUGGCGGAUACGGCGCCCCCUCGCCCUCUCCCCUAGGACAGAGUGGUUACGAUGCCUCGAGGCCUGCUUCGUUUCGCUCCGCGACGCCGAACAGGAGGGGUCAGUACAGCGAUGCGGUGCUUAACGAGCUGGAGAGCCAGAACGAUGCGCAGGUAGAGGGUAUUCUGGGCAAGGUCAAGGUGCUCAAGGAUAUGACUGUCGCUAUCGGAGACGAGAUCCGCGAGUCUUCGGCGCUGGCGGAGAAGAUGAACGAUACUUUCGACUCGACACGCCUGCGUCUCAGGGGCACCAUGAACCGCAUGCUUGUUAUGGCUCAGCGCACUGGAGUGGGAUGGAAGGUCUGGCUGAUCUUCUUUGCCGCCGUCAUCAUGCUCUUUAUCUACGUAUGGCUAUUUUGA